CAGCCCAGCCCCUCCCCCACCAUCGUCUCCACCUCCUCCUUGCUCUGGCCGUCUCCAGUUAGAUUAGAUCGAACCCCCACGCGGCCACGCGCCAGUCGCGUCCUCCACUCGAUUAACCACAUGUCGAUGCUGGAAGCCUUCUUCGGCAAGGGCGGCGCCGCCGCCGGCGGCGGCUUCCGCGCCGCCAAGUGCAAGACGCUGCUCAAGCUGUCCAUCCCGCGGAUAAAGCUGCUGCGGAACCGCCGGGAGCUGCAGCUGCGCCAGAUGCGCCGGGACAUCGCCAAGCUCCUCGAGGCCGGCCAGGAAGCCACCGCCAGAAUCAGGGUGGAGCACAUCAUCCGGGAGGAGAACAUGAUGGCGGCGCAGGAGAUCCUGGAGCUCUUCUGCGAGCUCGUCGCCGUUCGCCUGCCCAUCAUUGAGGCCCAAAAGGAAUGCCCUAUAGAUCUCAAAGAGGCAAUAUCCAGCAUCUGUUUUGCUGCUCCUAGGUGUUCAGAUUUGCCUGAACUGAUGCAAGUCCAAAUGAUGUUUGCGACUAAAUAUGGGAAAGAAUUUGCUGCUGCAGCUGCAGAGCUUAUGCCGGAUUCUGGGGUCAACCGGCAGAUAAUUGAACUACUUUCAAUCCGUCCUCCUCCAGUAGAUAUAAAGAUGAAACUGCUGAAGGAGAUUGCUGAGGAGCAUGAGAUCGACUGGGAUCCAUCAGCAACAGAGACGGAAUAUCUUAAACCCCAUGAAGAUCUAUUGAAUGGACCAACCUACUUCAGUGGUUCAACGCUGCCACUUCCAAAGGAGAAACACGUGGAACCAGUAGCUGCAAGUGCCACUGACGAACCUGGUGAAGAUUAUGAAUCUGAUGGCGGCUUUGACUCACUGGAUUUGCCUGAAGUCCCAAAAGCAGCAAUUCGUCCAGCUUCUGGUACUCAAUCAACCCCAGAUAUUGGUCCACAUGUGCAAAGCUCACAGUCGUCUGCUCAUGAUUUCUCAAACCCACCUGACUUGGAAGAGAAUCCAACAGCUGAUGCUGCUUUCUAUAAUUAUCUGAAAAGUUCAGAACCCCCAGUUUCUCCACAAUUUGCUCAGCCAAGGAUGCCAGCUUUACCAGAUGAAAAGAAGCAAUUUGUUCCUUUUGUCUCUCCCCCACCAUUUGCUUCUGCUUCUUCUUCUAUGGAGAGAAGUGACUCGAUUCCCUUAAAUUCUCCUCCAGUGAAGCCAACAGAGCAAGAAUUCUUCACAAGGCCAGUUGAUGAAGUGACUGCUCCCCAAACACCCAAAGAUUUGAACAUGUUCUCGAAUCGUCCAGAACAGGUGCAUUCGAUCUCCCCUAUAGAGAGCGGGGAAAAUAUUGAUAUGGAUGGUGUGGUUUCAGCUGCCCAAACAGCUGCUGAUUCAGCAGAGCGAGCUGCAUCAGCAGCACGUGCUGCUGCAAACCUUGCGAAACUGUGCAUUGCCGAUCUAAAGAAGAACACUAGGGUUUAUGAGAGCCACAGUGAUGAUAGCCAAAAGGAAAGUCAUCAUCAAACUGAGGUGACGCAGAAACUGGUAUUUGAUCAUCAGGACUCUUUUUCCAAUGACUUUGAGGGUUAUGCGCCAUCUCAUGUGCCUCAGAGAUCAACAUCGUUGGAGGACGAUCCAUUCAACUACCCCAACCUCUUCUCAUCGAAGCCUUGAGUUCAGUUAUCUGCAAAUUAGUCGUUGAGCCUGGUUUGAAGUCAUUGGGGCCACAUUGUUUGUGAAGCCUUGUUUGGUCCCCCAAGUGUUUGGGUAUUUCUUGGAGAAUUCUGUGUAUGCUGAGUUGAUACAGAAAAAGAAGGGUGCAGCGGUUUUACCAGCAUUGCCUUUGUUUAUAAUGUGUGAAUUGUAAAUGCGUGGAUGUUGUAUGACAUUUGAAACUUGAAACCUGUAGAGGAAAGAACAAUCUGAACUCAUCUAGUUAGAUGUUCUUUAGAUAAAUAUAUUUUCCACUUCUAAUGAUUAUCAUGAUC